CGCCGCCGGGGCCCGGCACUGCCGCCACCUCCAGCACCGGGCCCCGCUCCGCCACCGCUGUUGGGCAGGCGGUUGUGCUGUGACCAGCACCCUGACCCAGCACCCUGCCACAGCGGGGGAGUGUACCCCGAGCACUCCCGCACCAUGUUCAACUUGAUGAAGAAGGACAAAGAGAAGGAUGGGGCCCGAAAGGAGAAGAAGGAAAAGAAGGAGAAGAAGGAGCGGAUGUCAGCAGCUGAGCUCAAGAGCCUGGAGGAGAUGAGCAUGCGCCGGGGCUUCUUCAACCUGAACCGUGCCUCCAAGCGGGACUCCAAGACCCGCCUGGAGAUCUCCAACCCCAUACCCAUCAAGGUGGCCAGUGGAUCUGACCUGCAUCUCACGGACAUUGACUCCGACAGCAACCGGGGCAGCAUCAUCCUGGACUCAGGCCACCUGAGCACAGCCAGCUCCAGUGACGAUCUCAAGGUGGAUGAUGCCAACUUCAAGGGCUCGGUGCUGCAGCGGGCAGCCAAGUUUGGCUCGUUGGCCAAGCAGAACUCACAGAUGAUUGUCAAACGCUUCUCCUUCUCGCAGAAGAGCCGGGAUGAGAGCACCUCAGAGACAUCCACACCCUCUGAGCACUCAGCGGCCCCCUCCCCACAGGUGGAGGUGCGCACACUAGAGACUCAGCUCGCCAAGCAAGGGGUCCCCCCAGGACACCCUUGUAACCUUCCCACUACUUCCCUGCGUGCCAGGGUGCUGGAGCUCGUUGACAAGAGGUUCCCUGCUGAGCUGCGGCUGCCUGCCUUGGUGCCCCCACAGCCCCCCACCCCGCGGCAGCUGGAGCUGCAGAGGCGCAACACCGGUGAUUUUGGCUUCUCCCUGCGCCGCACCACUAUGCUGGACCGGGCCCCCGACGGGCAGGUGUACCGGCGCAUCGUGCACUUUGCCGAACCCGGAGCAGGCACCAAAGACCUGGCACUGGGCUUGGUGCCGGGUGACCGGCUGGUGGAGAUCAACGGGCGAAACGUGGAGAACAAAUCCCGCGAUGAGAUCGUGGAGAUGAUCCGGCAGUCAGGGGAGACGGUGCAGCUGAAGGUGCAGCCCAUCCUGGAGCUGAGCGAGCUGAGCCGCUGCUGGCUGCGGGGCGGCCAGGGCACCCGCCACGCUGCCUGGGAUCUGGACCCCGCCGCCUCCACCUCAGCACCCAGCCAGGCGAAGACAGAGGAGCAAAUAGCAGCUGAGGAGGCCUGGUAUGAAACUGAGAAGGUGUGGCUGGUGCACAGGGAUGGCUUCUCCUUGGGCAGCCAGCUGCGGCCAGAGGAAGGCAGCCCCCUGCCUGAGGGCAAGGUGAAGGUGAAGCUGGACCAUGAUGGAGCAAUCCUGGAGGUUGAAGAGGAUGAUGUGGAGAAGGCAAAUCCACCUUCCUGUGAUCGCGUGGAGGACCUCGCCAGCCUCCUCUACCUCAAUGAGUCCAGCGUGCUGCACACACUGCGGCAGCGCUAUGGUGGCAACCUCCUGCACACCUACGCCGGCCCCACCAUGGUCGUCAUCAACCCGCUCAGCUCCCCCUCAAUGUACUCUGAGAAGGUCAUGCACAUGUUCAAAGGGUGCCGCAGGGAGGACACAUCCCCACACAUCUAUGCGGUGGCCCAGGCCGCCUACCGCAGCAUGCUGAUGAGCCGCCAGGACCAGGCCAUUGUGCUGCUGGGCACCAGCGGCAGCGGCAAGACCACCAACUGCCAGCACCUCGUCCAGUACCUCGCCACCAUCGCUGGCAGCACCGGCAAGGUCUUCUCUGCGGAGAAGUGGCAGGCUCUGCACACCAUUCUGGAGGCUUUUGGCAAUAGCAGCACUGGCAUGAACGGCAACGCCACCCGCUUCUCCCAGAUCAUCUCUAUGGACUUCGACCAGGCUGGGCAGGUGGCAUCUGCCUCCAUACAGACAUUGCUGCUGGAGAAGCUGCGUGUUGCCAGGCGUCCAUCCAACGAGGCCACCUUCAACAUCUUUUACUACCUGCUGGCCUGCUCUGACAGUGCACUCCGGACUGAGCUUCACUUCAACCACCUGGCAGAGAACAAUGUCUUCGGCAUCGUGCCCCUCUCCAAGCCAGAAGAAAAGCAGAAGGCGACCCAGCAGUUCAACAAGCUCCAGGCUGCCAUGAAGGUGAUGGGCAUCUCUGGUGAUGAGCAAAAAGCCUUCUGGCUCAUCCUGGGGGCCAUCUAUCAUCUGGGGGCAGCUGGAGCCACAAAAGCUGGGAGGAAGCAGUUUGCACGCCAUGAGUGGGCUCAGAAAGCUGCGUACCUGCUGGGCUGCAGCCUGGAGGAGCUCUCCUCCUCCAUCUUCAAACACCAGCCUAAGGCCUCCCUGCAGCGAUCGACUUCCUUCCGUCAGGGUCCCGAUGAGCCUCCCCUGGGUGACAGUGGCACAGGUACCAAGUUGACAGCGCUGGAGUGCCUGGAGGGCAUGGCAGCCGGCUUGUACUCUGAGCUCUUCACCCUCCUUAUCUCCCUCCUCAACAGGGCACUGAAAUCGAGCCAGCACUCAGUGUGCUCAGUGACAGUGGUGGACACCCCUGGGGCACAAAACCCUGAGCUAGCAGGGCAGAGCCGUGGGGCCACCUUUGAGGAGCUCUGCCACAACUACACCCAGGAGCGCCUGCAGCUCCUCUUCCACCAGCGCACCUUCGCCCGCGAGCUGGAGCGCUACAAGGAGGAGAACAUAGAGCUUGCCCUGGCUGAUGCUGAGCCCAGCUCCUCUGGCUCUAUAGCUGCUGUAGACCAGUCUUCACACCAAGCACUGGUCCGGUCGCUGGCCCGCACAGAUGAAGCACGGGGGCUGCUGUGGCUGCUGGAGGAGGAGGCACUGCAGCCAGGUGGCAACGAGGACACUUUGCUGGAGCGGCUCUUCUCCUACUAUGGCCCCCAGGAAGGGGGCAAGAAAGGGCACAACCCGCUGCUCCCCAGUGACAAGCCCCGACACUUCCUUCUGGGUCACAGCUCAGGGACCAACUGGGUCGAGUACGAUGCCACAGGCUGGCUCAAUCAUGUCAAGCACAACCCAGCCUCCCAAAAUGCCUCCAUCCUGCUGCAGGAGUCACAGAAGAAGAUCAUUAGCAGCUUGUUUGCUGGCCGUGGAGGGUCAGCCCUGGUGCUGUCAGGCUCGGUGGCAGGGCUGGAGGGGGGCUCCCAGCUAGCCCUGCGCCGGGCCACCAGCAUGCGCAAGACCUUCACCACCGGCGUGGCUGCCGUCAAGAAGAAGUCUCUCUGCAUACAGAUCAAGCUGCAAGUGGAUGCCCUCAUUGACAGCAUCAAGAAGUCCAAGCUCCACUUCGUGCACUGCUUCCUGCCCAAGGCUGCGGGGGCCAGCGGGGACCCCCGGGCCUUGCCAUGCCGGCGGGUGAGCGGCAGCGAGCUGGAGCUGCCUGCAGCAGAGCACUGUGAGGCUGGGCUCAUGCAGCUGGAUGUGCCCUUGCUGCGUGCCCAGCUCCGCGGCUCCCGCCUGCUUGAUGCCCUCCGCAUGUAUCGCCAAGGAUACCCUGACCACAUGGUGUUUGCGGAGUUCAGGCGACGUUUUGACGUCCUGGCCCCGCAUCUGACCAAGAAGCAUGGGCGCAACUACAUUGUGGUGGAUGAGAAGCGGGCAGUGGAGGAGCUCCUGGAGUCCCUGGACCUGGAGAAGAGCAGCUACCACAUGGGCUUGAGCCGGGUAUUUUUCCGGGCCGGGUCUCUGGCCAGGCUGGAGGAGCAGCGCGACACCCAGACCAGCAGGAACAUCACCCUCUUCCAGGCAGCGUGCAGGGGCUUCCUGGCACGGCAGCAGUUCAAGAAGAGGAAGAUUCAGGAUUUGGCCAUCCGGUGCGUGCAGAAGAACAUCAAGAAAAACAAGGGGGUGAAGGACUGGCCCUGGUGGAAGCUCUUCACCACCGUGCGGCCCCUUAUCGAGGUGCAGCUCACUGAAGAUCAGAUCCGUGGCAAAGACGAAGAGAUCCAGCAGCUGAAGAGCAAACUUGAGAAGGUGGAGAAGGAGCGGAACGAGCUACGGCUCAACAGCGACCGCCUGGAGAGCAGGAUCACAGAGCUGACAUCAGAGCUGACAGACGAGCGAAACACCGGCGAGUCGGCCUCCCAGCUGCUGGAUGCUGAGACAGCUGAGAGGCUGCGGGCUGAGAAGGAGAUGAAGGACCUGCAGGCCAAAUACGAUGCCCUGAAGAAGCAGAUGGAGUCGAUGGAAAUGGAGGUGAUGGAGGCUCGGCUCAUCCGGGCAGCCGAGCUCAAUGGGGAGCUUGAUGACGAUGAUUCAGGUGGUGAAUGGCGUCUGAAAUAUGAGCGGGCGGUGCGGGAGAUCGACUUCACCAAGAAGCGACUGCAGCAGGAGCUGGAGGACAAGCUGGAGGUGGAGCAGCAGAGCAAGAGGCAGCUGGAGCGCAGGCUGACAGAUCUGCAGGCAGACAGUGAGGAGAGCCAGCGGGUGCUGCAGCAGCUGAAGAAGAAGUGCCAGCGCCUGGCUGCAGAGCUGCAGGACACCAAGCUACAUCUUGAGGGCCAGCAAGGACGCAACCAUGACCUGGAGAAGAAGCAGCGGAGGUUCGACAGUGAACUCUCGCAGGCACAUGAGGAGGCACAGCGGGAGAGGCUGCAGCGGGAGAAGCUGAGCCGUGAGAAGGAUGUGCUGGUGGCCGAAGUCUUUGGCCUCAAGCAGCUGCUGGAGGACAAGGACUCAGACAUCGUGGGGCUGACACAGAAGGCAGAAGCGCUGGAGGCUGAGCUGCAGGACAUCUCCUCCCAGGAGUCAAAGGAUGAAGCCUCCCUGGCCAAGGUGAAGAAACAGCUGAGGGACCUGGAAGCGAAGGUCAAAGACCAGGAAGAGGAACUGGAUGAGCAGGCUGGGACCAUCCAGAUGCUAGAGCAGGCCAAGCUGCGACUGGAGAUGGAGAUGGAGCGGCUGCGGCAGACGCAUGCCAAGGAGGUGGAGAGCCGCGACGAGGAGGUGGAAGAGAUUCGGCAGUCAUGCCAGAAAAAGCUGAAGCAGAUGGAGGUGCAGCUGGAGGAGGAGUAUGAGGACAAGCAGAAGGUUCUGAGAGAGAAAAGGGAGCUGGAGAGCAAGUUGUCUGCUGUCAGUGAGCAGGCCAACCAGAGGGACUUUGAGACAGAGAAGCGCCUGCGCCGGGACCUGAAGAGGACAAAGGCACUGCUGGCCGAUGCACAGAUAAUGCUGGACCACCUGAAGAACAAUGCACCCAGCAAGAGGGAGAUUGCCCAGCUCAAGAACCAGCUGGAGGAGUCAGAGUUCACCUGUGCAGCUGCCGUCAAGGCCCGCAAGUCCAUGGAGGUGGAGAUUGAAGACCUCCACCUGCAGAUUGAUGAUCUCGCCAAGGCCAAGGCAGCACUGGAGGAGCAGCUGAGCCGGCUGCAGCGGGAGAAGAACGAGGUGCAGAGUCGGCUGGAAGAGGACCAGGAAGAUAUGAACGAGCUGAUGAAGAAGCACAAGGCAGCUGUGGCCCAGGCAUCCCGGGAUUUGGCACAGAUGAACGACCUCCAGGCACAACUGGAGGAGGUCAGCAAGGAGAAGCAGGAACUGCAGGAGAAGCUGCAAGGCUUGCAGAGCCAGCUGGAGUUCCUGGAGCAAUCCAUGGUGGACAAGUCGCUGGUGAGCCGGCAAGAGGCCAAGAUCCGCGAGCUGGAGAACAGGCUGGAGUUCGAGCGGACACAAGUCAAACGCCUGGAGAGCUUGGCCACACGGCUGAAGGAGAACAUGGAGAAGCUGACGGAGGAGCGGGAUCAGCGUGCGGCCGCUGAGAACAGGGAGAAGGAGCAGAACAAGAGGCUGCAGCGACAGCUCCGCGACGUCAAGGAGGAGAUGGGUGAGCUGGCCAAGAAAGAGGCAGAGGCCAGCCGCAAGAAGCACGAGCUGGAAAUGGACCUGGAGAGCCUGGAAGCCGCCAACCAAAGCCUGCAGUCGGACCUGAAGCUGGCCUUCAAGCGCAUCGGGGACCUGCAGGCAGCUAUCGAGGAUGAGAUGGAGAGUGACAGCAAUGAGGACCUCAUCAACAGUGACGGCGACUCGGACGUGGACUCAGAGCUGGAGGAGCGUGUGGAUGAGGUGAAGUCCUGGCUCUCUAAGAACAAAGGCUCCUCCAAAGCACUCUCAGAUGAUGGCAGCCUGAAGGGCAGCAGGUCAGCCUUGCCAGACGGCCCCGAGGGCGAGGAGCGGCCAGUGUCGGUGUUGAGCUGCCUCAGCUAUAGGAAGCGGCCGGGCCUCAAGGACUCCAUAGGUGGCCAUGGGGAUGAGCAGACGCUCUUCAGUGCGCUCAGCGAGCGACCGGCUUCCCCUGAGCGUGCUGCCCGCAGAGCAGCCCGGGGCGGUGAGCCCGAGGACCGGGCGGCCGUCAUCGCCCGCGCCUUCGCUGACGCCAGCAAUCGUGCUCGGCAAGGGCUGGGCAAGCGUUGGUCCCUCUCGGCUGCUGAUGGCGAGAAAGCCUCCGUCGCCUCUGCCCCGGUGAGCCGGGCCUCCUCCACCUCCUGGCGUGGUCUGGAGGAUGAGGACGAGGGAGACGAGGGGUACUCGGUGCUGAGCUUCGCACUCUCCAGCCCUGGGAGCUUGCGGAGCCGACGUGGGGGACCAGAGGGCCGUCCCGAGUCGCGGCGCUCCCUGAUCCGCAGCCGCCCAGAUGAGGGAGAAGAGGGGUCCCGCGGGCAGCUCCCUUUGGCACGCAGCUUCUCUGUGCCCCCUCGGCCCCGCAGUGCUGCCUCUGAGGAGGGGGGUCCUGGGGAUGCCCACCCCGUGGGGCACCGCUCGUACCUUGACCCUGACCUGGAAGCUGCCAUCCAGGAGGUGCUGAGCUACCGCCCACUGCGGGCCAGGGGCGUCUCCAGCCCCGAGGCUGACUCUGGGGAUGAUGGCCGCAGCGUGUGGAGCAUGAGAAGUGUGAGAAGUGCAGCCCCGCUGGGUGCUGCUGACCGACCCUCCGGCAGCCUGCGUCGCUCCGCGUCUGCUCUUGACUUCUCUCGACGCUCUGGACGGCACCGCAGCAGCUCAGGCUCCUCAGAUGAAGAGGAGGAGCGGAAGAAGAAGAGUGCUAAGAAGCGCACCAAGAAGGCCAAGAAGAAAUCCAAGAAGAAGAAGAAGAAGCAGCAGCAAUCAUCAUCUGACUCAAGUUCCUCCUCCGAUUCCUCCUCUGAUUCCUCCUCUGGCUCCACCAACUCCUAUCGGAGCACAUCUAGUGUCAAAAAGGGCCCAAAGGCAGUGGGGGGCGAGGAGCCAGGACAUCCUGGCCGGGGCAAGAAGGAGGAGAAGCAGCGGAAGAAGCAGGUUGACAGCCUGAUGAUGAAGUACUUGUACCGUCCCGAGAGCGACUGAGGCAGGAGGUGGGAGCAGUGUGUGCCGUGCAGCAUGAAACUCCCCGUGUGCCACUAACCACUCACCCUAACCCUUGCCCAGCUCUGGGCAUGGAGUCUACCUCCACCAGGCACCUGAGAUGGAGCAUCCCACAGCAGCCUUACUUUUGGGGUGCUGCAGAAUUCCCAUGCUGAGAGAAUUCCCAGCAUGGCUGCAGUGGGACCGGCAGCUGCCCAUGCUGCCAGAACACAGCAUGUUCAGCAUCAGCAGCUGUGGGACAUGGGGAAGCACUAAUCCCUUCCCAGCUCCCAGAACACAGCUGACUUUAUUCCUCUGGGAGAGUUAAGUGCUCGCUGGGUGGCACAGUGUUCCUGCUCAUUUUGGGGCAUUUGCCACCCCAGGGAGGGCAGUGGGGCCUGAAGGUGGUGGGUUGGAGUGGGACGGGUACUAACAUGCAUCCUCUGAGUGUGUGGUCUUGGGGGAAGGCAGCACCUACAGCAGGGCAGGAGGUCGGGGCUUGGAGGUGUUUCUGAGGAUGACCACAUCCUGCUACCCUGCACUGUGUAGAAUGCCUGUGAUGGGAAGCUGGAAUGCAAAUGGCCUCACCCUGCUGGACUUUGGAGCUCUGCACCCUGUUUGAUGGCAGAUUUGCUCCUUUCCAAUGGCUUGGAUAGGAAGAGGGCUAGAGGAAGGGAGAAAAGCCUUCUGGAAAUGUGGUCCCCCUUGGGCUGCCUGCUACCUGUCUGGGGUCAGGGAAGUAAUUAUGAGGUGGCAGGGAAGGCAGAGAAACACCCCCAGAACCCAUCCAUGGGCUCUGGUGCAACUGAAACCCUCAAGCAGUGAUGUCCACAAACCCUGGUGUUUACAUCCAUAGA